GCUGACUCCGUGGGUAGCUCUCGGUGCUGGGGCAGGAGACAGCAGCCAUGAGGACUGUCCUGGUGUUUGUCUGCCUGGUGGGGAUGGCGUGUGCCUUCUCGGUCAAGAGCUGGCUGUGGCGACCCAAGUUGGAUGACUCGGAAAAGAACGCGGUUUUCAAGAGCCGGCGCCACCAUUACCUGUACAGAUAUGUGUAUCCCCCGCAGCGACGGUACCAGGGCAGUGACUCAUCCGAGGAAGAGGGGGAUGACUCGGAGGAGGAGGAAGAUGGGCAGCCAUUUUAUGCUGGCACCAAGGCAGCUGGACACCCUGCUGGAGCAGCCCCUGAGGAGUGCCAGGGUGCACUGGGAGGAGACGUCACAUACCAGCAGGGCAAGGGCUGUCAAGGGACCCUGAAAGGGAUCAGGCAGAGGACUGCCAGCAAGGGGGAAGACUCUGAAAAUGAAGACAGUGAUGAAAAUGAGGAGGAAGAGGAGGAAGAAGAGGAAGAAGUAGAUGAGAAUGAGAAUGGUGUCAAUGGCACAAGCACAAAUACCACAGAGAGUAUUGGACCUAAUGGCAAUGGCACUGUGGUGGCUGAGGAGGGCACUGGUGAAGCUGAGGAAGAGGAGGAAGAGGAGGAAGAAGAAGAAGAGGAAGAGGAGGAGGAGGAGGAGGAAACUGAAGCCACCACCAUUGCAAGCUCCACCAACAAAGAGGGUCUGACCCAGGCAACCACUAUGGAUGAUGGGGGACCCACAGAUGUCACCACAGAUGCCACCACAGCUGGGGAGCUGUGGGAGUACGAUGUAACAGCCAGGGACAACAACCGAUGGGAUGAGGGCACCACCGAGGGUGGGUACGAGGAACAGGAUGAGUACGCACGUGGGGACAGCUACCGGGCCUACGAGGAUGAGUACGGCUACUACAAAGGGCAUGGAUAUGAUGUGUAUGGCCAGGAUUACUACUACAGCCAGUAA